CCGACCUAAAUUUGGCAGGGAUAUAAAAGCUUUCUAGUACCCGAAACCCAAAAUAUUCCCACCUACACAAACCCUUCGGCCUGCUAGGGUUUUUUCGAUACGUGCAUCGUUCGUUCUGAUCUGUUGGUUUCUUGAAAAGCAAUGUCUCGUGUAUAUGUUGGGAAUUUGGAUCCAAGGGUCUCUGAGCGCGAGCUUGAAGAUGAAUUUCGCGUGUUUGGAGUUAUUCGAAGCGUAUGGGUUGCACGGAGACCCCCAGGUUAUGCGUUUAUAGAUUUUGAUGAUACCAGAGAUGCACGGGAUGCAAUCCAUGAAUUGGAUGGGAAGAAUGGCUGGAGAGUUGAGCUUUCUCACAAUUCUAGAGGUGGUGGUGGAGGCCGUGGAGGGGGCCGUGGUCGUUCUGGCGGCGGUUCUGAUCUGAAAUGCUAUGAGUGUGGUGAGCCUGGCCAUUUUGCUCGUGAGUGCCGUUUACGUGGUGGCGGUGGCGGUGGAGGUGGUGGUGCUGGUAGAAGACGUAGCCGCAGUCCUCGAUACCGCCGGAGUCCAAGUUAUGGUCGCAGGAGUUACAGUCCCCAUGGAAGAUCUCCAAGACGCCGCAGCUUGUCACCUCGUGGGCGUAGCUAUAGCAAAUCACCUCCCUACCGUGGUAGAGAGGAGCUACCUUAUGCCAAUGGAAAUGGCAUAAAGGAUCGUCGUCGGAGCAGGAGCUGAGGACCACUGACUUCUCAACCUGCCUUAGUUUACACAGGAUGUUUAAAGGAUUACUCCGGUUCUAUGUGUUUUUAGUGCUUGGACUUCGUAACAGACCAUUUUAAAUCGGGCGACGCCCUCAGCCUCUACUUUUGAGUUUGGAUAAGUCCUUUCUAUCUACUGUUUGAAUUGUUUUUCUUUUUGCCCUUCAGUAUAGUUGUAGGAAUCUAUAUGCUAAAAUGUCAUUAGUUCAUAUUUAUUUUUGAUAAUGUUAUUAAAGCAAAUGUCUUGAAGGGCACUGCUAAAGAUGUAUGUUUUUUUUUUUCCUUGUUGAGGUGUCGUCUCGUACUGCUUCACUGCUUUUCUGCUUCUAGUCGUCUGCUUCUGCUUCACUGCUUUUCUGCUUCUAGUCGUCUGCUUCUGCUUCACUGCUUUUGUGCUUCUGCCCUAUCCUGGGAUUUCGUUCUACACUGCCCAGCUCUGGGAUCUUCAAUUUCAAAGGUUGUAGGUCCCAGCCGGCUACAACUGUAGAUGCUACUAUUUGAUUGAAACUCUGCGGUUGUGUUGCAUGCUCUCAUAAUGUUUAUGGGAUUCCUUUUUAAUUAACUUGAAGCAUGAGGAACGACGUCAAAUGCUUCUGGCAGGUACAUGAAACUGUUCUACAGAAGUUUGGGUUGGGAUUGUUUCAGAAAAUCUGCUUUUUUAGGCAUAUCUGCAUAGCAUUCCAUUCUUUUCUUCAUGGCAUUUGCAUCACAUUAGGAGGAUGUUAUUCCAUAUCAAUUAUUACCAUAUCUUUUUCUCUGUAUAUAUAAUGGUGUGGUUUAGGACGUUUGCAUUUACAAAGUAUGGUUAGGUGAGGGGUGUGAUUAAGCCUAGGAGUCAUUCUUUUGAAAUUUUAAUUUUUUUUUUUUUUUAUACGUGUUAAUUUUCUUCUCCCUUGAUUGCAAUUGCUUGUACGGUGGGUCGGUUGCUACGCCGUGCUCUCUUGGCGAAGUCUUUAAGUGAACUGUCUCAAGAUGAGCAACUUCUUCCCAGCUGAAUGCUAGUGGGAGUUCUCUUCCGUGCACGUAAGUGGUAUUUUCCUGCUGUUGGUGAAUACCAUUUUCCAUGAUUCUUUAUAUUAUUACGUUGGUGUUCAUUUCUCAUCUGCUUGAAAGCCCCACUUCUCUCAAAGAGAAACAUAUAAGUUCCCGUGGGUUGUCAUCAGAAGUCGCCAUGCCUGCCAAUUGAUCCUUCAUCUUAGUUUGCAGCUUGCUAGGUCUUUCUGCCUACAUAAUUAUGCACGGUCUAUGUAAUUGAGAUUUGUAUCUUGCUUCGCCGAAUAUGGAUCACAAUUGAACUUGUAGGUUUGUUGGAAUAGCUCUCGACCGAUAGGGAGAGGGGCGCGCUGAAAUCGUUCCUAUCGGGUAAUUUGGACUCAGAUUGGUAGGGCUGUUUUUGAAUGUCCAUCUUAUAUGAAAAUAUUUAUUUUGAUAUA